AUGGUUGGGGAAAAUGGUGCGAAACAGUGGUUUAUUGAGCUUGCUAAAGCUGAUACUAGCGGAGAUUAUGGAAAGGCAUUGAAAAUUGCUAAUAAAAUAUUGCGGAUGUAUCCAAAAGAGACAUUAGCAUUCAAAUGUAAAUUGGUGGCAUUAAUACAUCUUGGACAGUUGGAUGAGGCACUUACUCUGAUCAAAAAGACACCACCGAAUCAUAUGGGAGAAUGUUUAUUUGAAAAAGCUUAUAUUUUGUAUCGAUUGCAAGAUGAUGCUGGUGCUUUAGAGGCGUUGGAUAAAGCUUCAUUUGAUGAUUACCGCUGCAUGGAACUUAAAGCACAGCUCUUGUAUCGAAGGGAACGUUUUAAUGAAGCUUCGAGCAUAUUUACGGCACUGUUAAAAGAUCAUUCGGAUGAUUAUGAUGCAGAACGUUGUGCGAAUAUGACUGCAACGACUGCUCACUUGCAGGCCAGUGGUCUCCAACAGCAGCCUCCAACACAUUUAGACACUUUUGAGCAGAUGUAUAAUAGUGCAUGUCAGUUGAUUGAAGCAGGAGAAUAUGCCCAAGCACUACGAUUCCUUGAAAAAGCUGAAAGCGUGUGCAGCGAUACAUUAGUAGAAGAAGGUUUGUCAGACGACGAAAUUGAGGAAGAGCUGUCUGUGAUACGAGUUGAGAAAGCAUUUGUUCUUCAGAUGCUGGGCAAAAAAGAAGAUGCAUUGAAAAUUUACUUGCGCGUGCAAGAUCUGAAUCCGUCAGAUAAGAGCGUCAUUGCCGUAAUCGCAAAUAACAUACCAUCAUGUCGCGUGGAACAGAAUCUCUUGGAAGCUCGAAAAAAACUAAAAACUGCAUUGCAAGUUGAGAGUUCUAAAUUGACGAUUCGACAGCGACGUACUCUUUUAUUAAAUCAGGCUUUAGUGCACCUGUGUUCAAAUCAGCGGGAGCCAUGUCGUCGAUUACUUGAAGAAUAUAAGAAGAAGUAUGGUAUUUCCACAGAGUUGGCACUCAUGGAAGCAGCACUCCUUGUUCGCUUGAAGGAGUUUCACAAAGCAUUUGAUAUUCUUGCAAAAGAUUCGUCAAAUGAAGCAAAGUUAAUGGGAGUGCAAAUCCUGUUAGAUGAAGGGAGGAUGGAAGAUGCCGCUAAUGCUUUGGAUGCAUUACCUUCGGAUUUGUUAUCUUGUCCAGCAAUCAUACAGUUGAAAGUUGCACUUUUGUUAGUCACAAACCAGCACAAUGUGGCAUUGAAUCUCUUGAAAUCCUCACUAAACUUGGCUAGAACGGAAAAUAUUAGAAUUGCAAUGUUAGAAGAGGUUGCCGCACUUAAUGCUCUAGUGGGAGAUCAUCGUUCCGCUGCUGAGUGUUAUGAAAAGCUCCUAAAACUUCGUCCAGACGAUGUGAAUUUAACGUGUCAUUUAAUCAAAUCGUACUCAACAUUCGAUACACAGCGAGCUGAAGAGUUGUCGACAAAAACAUUUCCACGAAGAACUGGUGAGAAACUUGAUGUUAACGCUCUCGAAAAUUCUGGUAGCAUGCUGUAUAGUGAACGUUAUCGUCAGAAAAAAGAAAUCAAGAUAGAAGUACCUGAUUCGGAGAUCGUCACUGGUAAAAGAAAAUCUCGAAAACGUAAGCGAAAGAUUAUUUUACCAAAAAAUUUCGAUCCUAAAGUCCCUCCAGAUCCAGAACGUUGGCUGCCUAAACAAGAACGUACUGCGUUCAAGAAGAAGUUUAAUAAGAAACAUCGUGAACGUGAAAUCAGCCGAGGCACGCAAGGAGCAAUUAAUUCCUCUCCCAUACUAGAAGUAAUGACUACUACACCAAAGGGGAGCAGUUCACCUCAUCAGACAGGUUCAUCGAUGGGUUUGGAAGGCCCACGUCAACAAAGACCAUCUGGUCAGCAACCCAAAAAGAAAAAGAAAAAGACGGGUGGUAAAUGGUGA